GCCGGGCGCCGCUCGUCAUUGGUUAAGGCGCCACGGGGAACUGCGCUCAUUGGCUGGCGCUCACGCGGCGGUCGUGAAUCGAGCUGCCGGGCCUUGCGUGCCCCGGAAGUGGAAGCGGCCGCCGGCAGCGCGCGAGCAUGGCGCGCGAGAAGCAGGAGGAGCCGGCGGCGGAGGCCGCUCCCGAGUUCUCGUACCGGGAGCAGCUCGAGCACCUGAACCCCAUCGCGCAGCCGCUCGCCUCUCGCAAGCUGACGCGCAAGCUCUACAAGUGUAUCAGGAAAGCGGCCAAGCACAAGCAGAUCCGCCGGGGUGUGAAGGAGGUGCAGAAGUUCAUCAACAAAGGCGAAAAGGGGAUCACGGUGCUGGCCGGCGACACGCUGCCCAUCGACGUGUACUGCCAUAUCCCCAUCAUGUGCGAAGACAGGAAUCUGCCCUACGCUUACGUCCCCUCCAAGUCGGACCUCGGGGCCGCGGCCGGCUCAAAGCGACCCACCUGCGUCAUCCUGCUGAAGCCACACGAGGAGUACCAGGAGGCCUACGAUGAGUGCCUGGGGGAGGUGGAAUCCCUGCCGCUGCCCUUGUGACCUCCGGGGGCACCGUCUCUACGGUUG